GAAAGAGAAAUUAAUCAGAGGAGGAACACUUUAUACUACUGCUUUUAUUUUAUUACACGCCAUCUUCUCCUUCUACAGACUUAUAAGACAUUAAGAACAUGGAAGAGUGACAUAUUGGGCAUGAAGUUCACAGACCCCUGAUGAAGGACAAAUCCUCGUGAUGUGUGAGCUCUGAACGGGGAAAGUGGAGAGAAAACAAAGUGAAAGCACCAUGAACCUUCAGAUGCGAUGGACUCUUCUUAUCUUAUUGUUUCUACACAACACAGAUAUCUCCUGGGCAGACAGCUUCAUCGUUGUCGGUCCUUCUAAGCCCGUCGUCACUUAUGUCGGUGAAGAUGUGGUCCUGCCAGCCUCCCUCUCACCAGCUCUUAAUGCUGAGGCCUUUGAAGUGAGGUGGUUUACAACGGACAUCAUGACACCAGAGCUGUUAUAUGCUGAUCACACAAUAAUGCAACAAAGUGACACAAGAAGAACCCUGAGCAUAGACAACCUCAAGAAUGGCAACGUGUCUCUAAUAAUCAGAAAUGUCCGUGUUUCUGAUGAUCAUCUCUACAGAUGUAAUGUGUACUCGGGACUUAGAGAAGAACAGACUCAGGUCUCACUCACUGUUGAAGUUUUAGGUGCUCAGCCCUCCAUUACCAUGAGCUCCACUGAAGGCCAGAAGACCCGACUGGAGUGCAGUGCUGAGAAGUGGAACCCCCAACCAGAAGUCACCUGGAGGGACAUGAAUGGGGCAGACGUGACGUCACAGUCCACAAUAAAAUCAGAGCGGGACUCCGAGGGUCUUCUGAGAGUGAGCAGCGUCCUCCCAGUGAAGGAGGAGUACAACGUGUUCAGCUGUCUGGUGAGAAGUAAAGCACCAAAGCCAGACUGGCCAUCUGAACUCAACAUCUACAGUUUCUCUCCAGGGGUCUCUGGCUGGUUGGUGGUUUUCUGCGUCUUGUUGGUUCUUUGCUUAGCGGUGACUCCUCUGCUGGUCAUUCAAUGGAGAAGAAUGAGAGAAACAAACACCAGAUAUGAUUCAAUAGUUGGAUUCCUUCCUAUUUGGUUCCUGCACAAGGAAAUUGAAAAGUCACAACGCGUCACAAAUGCAGAAUGGAGGAGAAUAUGCAGCUCAGCAGCUGAUGUCACUUUUGACCCUGAGACUGCACAUCCACGGCUCAUUGUGUCUGAAGACGGGAAAGAAGUGAGACUGACAGACACACGACAGAGAGUGACGGACAAUCCAAAGAGGUUUGACCGCUGGGUUAAUGUCCUGGCCAGAGAAGGAUUCACGUCAGGGAGACACUACUGGGAGGUGGAGGUCGGGGGGAAGACUAAGUGGGAUUUAGGAGUCGCCAGAGAGUCGAUCAACAGGAAGGGGGACAUUACAGUGAGCCCAAGAAGAGGAUACUGGACUGUGUGCCUGAGGAAUGAGAACGAGUACAAGGCUCUCAUUGGCCGUCCUCUCCCCCUCCCACUGAGAGUGAAGCCCCAGACAGUGGGGGUCUUUCUGGACUAUGAUGAAGGUCAGGUCUCCUUUUACAAUGCCCAGUCCCGCUCUCACCUGUACACCUUCACAGACUCCUUCACUGAGCCCCUCUAUCCGUACUUCAGUCCUUGUCUUAAUGACGGUGGUAAAAACGCGGCCCCUCUGGUCAUCUGCCCCCUGCGCACACACUGACCCCUCAGUAUUAAUGUCGUCUGUCCAUCUCUGAGCAGCACAAAGCCGAUGGAGACUUUCUUUAACAUCAGACCACCGAACUCAAAGCCCCCCUGAGGUGUCCUGCUGUUUGCUGCUCGUCUGAUUUUCAUUUUCAGGAUUUCUGUGUUUAAUGAGACAUCAGGACUGAACACUUGGGAUUUUUAAAUGGUGUCGGAUCAAAGCGUCGGCUCCGUAAUCAAAUGUGAAUCUUUAUAAUUUGAUCUGAGGGUCUGAGAAUGAACAGAAAUCCUGAGUCUGCGUCUUUAAUUUGACAUUCAAAGAGGAAUUCAACAAAGAUGGUUGUGUUCUCCACAGCACUGGAUUAGUUUUCUUCAGUCUUUGUGUGACGUCACUUGCUGGUGGUCAGUCCUGAUGACCCUGAGGUGCCCACUUUGUGACAUUGAAAGACUGAGAGGACAUGAAGAGUGUGAGCUGAGUAGAAGAAAUCCGAGACCCUGAAUAUCGAGACCACCGUCCAUUUUGUAACUCGCUUAUCUAAUUCAGGGUCACAGGGGGCUGUCAAUGUGGGGGGCAACACGGAUAAGAACCAACCUACGACACCAGAGCUGAAGGCUGGACCACCAAUCACUGUGUUACUACGAGACCACCAGUCAGACAAACAUGAAUUCCUAUCUAGCGUUAUAUACUUCUAUUGUUAAACGUGGACUGAAAUACACAACACUGUAAGUCUGUGAGAAGUUCAUCAACACUGAGAUGAGUUUGUGAUGAAAUGAAAUAAAACAGAAAUGAAAAUAAAGAAAAAAGAAAUCAUCGACAUCAGUGAGGUGUCCUCUGUAAUAAAAUGGCUUCUCGUGAACUUCUCUGAGGGUCCACCUCACAGUCCUGAAACUCCGGCAGACUUGGUGGUCAGAGACGUGAGUGACCUGACUGGGGGUCCACAUUAUCUGCCCCUCGUCACCCACUGGGAAAAUUCAAAUUAUGAGAGUCAUCUUGUUAUUACAGGAGCGAAUGAGAAGACCUGAUGAAGAGCUGAACUCGAAUCGUUCAACUUAGCAGAGGCCAUUUUAUGAGGUAAGUUAACAGGGCAGCCAAGAUUUGUAAGUCCCUUUGGAUUAAAGUGUUUGUCAUGGACUUAUUUCAGUGACACACACAGGUGGUCUGCUGCAGUGCUGGAGUCAGAGUGUGUUACAGAAAUGACAAUAAUAAGUUUAAUACAUGAACAGAGUGCUAGACGUGAGAAAAAGAACUGAAGAAACAGAAUUAAAAAUGGACGACUUCACAGAAAUCAACACAAUUAAAAAUGACAACAGAAUACAGAAUUGUGUGUGAAUGACACCCUCUUGUGGUCAUGAAGUGUAAUUAAAAUUAUUCAAAAUGGACCCAAAUUCAUUAA